AUGGACGUCGACCUCUACUUCAUCAAACAGCAAUUCACCCUCGGCGCAUACCCCGCACUCUUAUCACUCCAGCUCCCAGAUCCAUCAUCAUCAGACUACAGUCCCUAUUCUCCUCUACAAGAAAAUGUAGCACUCAAAGCAGCAGCAGCACUCGCAAAGGGCGAACAAGGCCUAGAAACACUCCGUGACUUGUGCGUAGAGAUAGAAGCAGAUCAAGACUCUAGCGAUUGGGAGAAACAGACCGUUCAAGUACUAGCUGCAACCGCAUUCGUACGUGCAGGCGAAAUAGAAGAAGCACUCGAAACACUCCGUACUGAAGGCAUACCUGGUGACGAAGAAGCUGCGCUGUUAACUCAAGUAUACCUCUCACUAGCUCGUCCAGCACUCGCCCAAAAGGUACUGGCACCAGCAUUGAAAGCAAACCCAGACGCACUCGUCCUCCAACUCGCAGAAGCAGCCAUCUCUCUCGUAACAGGCUCACAAGGCACAAGCGGCGAACCAUACGCACCCGCACUCUCAUUCUACAACGAACAAGUAGCAAACCCAUCCAUAUCCUCCCCUGCUCUCCUAGUCGGAAGAGCAGUAGUCCGUAUCCUCCGGGGCGAACUCUCUUCUGCCCAGAGCGAUCUGGAAGAAGCAGAAUCAAUCCUCUCCCGCGCUAAAUGCGACCAAGCUUCCAGCGAUAUGCUCGCUGCUAUGAUCGUAGCUACAGGCUUGAGCGACGCCAAAAAGGGCGAGGCUGAUCAACUAUGGAGCCGCUUCUUAAAGCAACACCCUUCCCAUCCAUUGGUCGCAGACAUCGCUGCCAAAGAUCUUUUAUUCGAUCAAUGCGCUUCCAAGAUUCAAGUUCCUCCUAGAGCAUGUCGCUGUCGCUUAGAAUCAAUUGGGAUUUCGCCUUCCUGUGUAGCUAGAUCAUUGUUACCCGUGUAAUGACCAUAGGAUAGGUGCAACGAGACUAAUCUCAGACUGAUUAGGCGUGACAUCGAA